AUGGAUGCUCUAAUUGAAGACUCCUCAAAUCCACGGAUAAUUCCUACCACAAACCAUACUAACCAUGAUAACAUUAACAACAAUAACAUUAAUGGUAAUAAUCAUAUUGUGCUAUCACAGCAAUCUCCGAUAAUCAGUGAAAUUACACCAAGUGUGUCUAUUACUCUCCCUUCACUUAUUCCCAAACAUGAUGACAGUGAUGAACACAGUAAAACUUUAAUUCAUGUGCUACGUUGUAGACACUGUAGCUUUGAGUCCAUUUUAAGAUCACGUUUUGAUAAACAUUUGCCAUGUUCACAAGAAAUGGACAAUUAUCAAUUGUAUACAUGUUCAAUAUGUUCAACGUGUUCAACAUCACAACUAAUCAUGGAUGAACACAGGAAAGUGCAUCAUCCGAAUGAGAGUAAAAAUAUUAUCAUUGAAAGUAUUGAACAAUUUGUGAAAGAAUCAUCAUUAUCAGACGAUGAAGACACACUGAAUUUAUCCCUACAGAAUUCUGUCAAUAAGUCAACUUCCUUGAUACAUAAUCUUAAUCCACAGGGCUGUGUAAACUCUACACAGAACAGUAGUAAUCCUAUAAAGUCUCCAGAAAUGGUAAUGCAGACUAGCGUCAAUGACCUGCAUCCAAAGGGUCUUCCAAAGGGGGACAGUAACAACACUGAUAUGAUGAAUAACAGCCGAUACGCCUCAAUUCAUCCGAAUACCGAAGUGAAUAGUAUCAGUGAAAGUUUGAACUCUAGUCAGUCUUUCAAUUCUGCUAAUAAUUUCUAUGGGAGUAUACGACAAAUGUAUGAAUUUAUGCAAAGUCGUCAGCAGCUAACUGAUCCUUAUGCUAACUUUCACCAGCAACAGCAAGAACAGCGUCAGCACCAAAGGCAGUCAGAACAGAAUUUACAUCAGCCAACAUCCUUGUCAACUCCAUCUCUGCAACCCCAAACACAACAGCAGUACCAGACAUCUCAGAUUAUACCUUUCAAUCCUUCAGACUAUGAUACGAACUUCUUAAAUAUUCUUAACUCACUUACUGGUUUCUCAUCUUAUCAUCAAACCUCAGCUUAUCCACCACUGCAGCAGUCAUCGUUAAAGUUGCCUGAAAUGAAUUCAAAGAAAUCAGAAUCACAAUAUCAACAAUUGAUUCGAUCAUCAGAGUCAAUACAAUGUCAAAUCUGUUGUCAACUGAUAACAGCUGAUCAUGAAAAUACUACUAAAAAUAGUGAUCAUAAUUCAAUUGAAAAUCUUAUUAAACAUUUAACACUUGUGCAUAUGCUACCAUUACCAGUUGUCAUUAAUUAUGUAACAGCUUAUAUGACUGAGAAGGCGUGCGAGAAUAAUUCAAAUGAUAAACCUAGUGGAGUUAAAAAUACUACGAAUACCACUACUACUGUUGCUACGGCUAAUUCCAGUACACCUAUUACUAAUAAUGGUAAUAAUAAUAGUAGUAGUAACAUCAACAGUAAAAUUCAUGAUAACAGUAUACAUCCCCAUCUAGCAGACAAAAUGAACAAUGAACAGUUGUGGAAUCCCGCUUAUUGUGAACAAAACCCUCUGCCAUUCCUAUCAGCUGUUUCAAAUAAAGAAGACAGAUACAAUCAGAAUAGUACAGGUUUGGAAGGCAUUUCUUCUAAAGCAAUGUCUACUGGUACUACACAUGCACAAGAGUCAAGCUUACCAGAUGACCUGAAACUUUGGACAUGUCCACAGUGCAGUUUAAAAUUUACAAAUUUUCAACUAUUCCACAUACAUUUUACACAAGUUCAUAAUACAUCAGAUUUGAAUUUAUUCAACUUUGCUGAAAGUCUUCUGCAUACCUCAUUACAAUUCGGUAAUAAUCCUUUAUUAUCACCACAAAUGAUAUUAUCUGCAAUGAACCAAUCAAAAUCGGUUGGUUCAUUUGAUAGUCGAUCUGCCAUGACUUUGACUAAUUCAUUAGCAAAUAAUAAUGAUAAUUCAACAUUUAAUCCUUCUAGUUGCAAAGAUAACUCUGAUUUACGCAGCAUUAACAGAGUAACAUCGUCAACAAUACGCAGUGAUAUACUAAAGGAGUGCAGUAAGUGGUUUGGCGUUUGUAGUCAAGUGGCUAACGAAACUAUAAAUAGUAAUAGUUGUACCAACAAUACAAAUAAUAGUAAUAAUAAUAUCCCUGAAACAUUUCCAAUGAACAAUUCAACUUUUUCUCAAGCCGACUUAGCAGCAAUUGCAGCUGCGGCAGCUGGAUAUGGAUUUCCUUUACCACAGGGAUUAUCGCUAAAACCUCCGACUACUACUUUAUCAUCACCUACAUCAACACCAACUGGAAUGCUAAACAGCUUUAAUUCAAAGUUAUUCAACUUCCCAACAGCUACAGACAUAAUGAACUCUACUAAUUCACCUGUUGAUUUUAUCAAUACGCUUGGUAAUUCUUGUGAAAAUGCCGGAAUAAAUAUGAAAAAUAACAAUAAUAGUAAUAAUAAGAGUCCAUCUAAUUUAUCAGACAAAAGAAAAUUUAGAGAAUCAUUACAUGGUUAUCCUUCAAAUCUCUUCGAAGCUAAACGUAUGAAAUUUCAAGAACAAAUGUCUACCACGGGAUCAGUACCUUCAAGUCAAGAUCAAAACAAUGCAUUCUGGAAGUUAGGCCAACUGUUCCCACAUCUUCCAAUGUUAUCUUCAUUAUGGCCUUCAUCGUUAGCGUCGAUUGGUGGUGCACCCGAAACCUACGAUACAUCACAAAACCAAACAAAUCACACUAUUGAUUCACUAGAGAAAAGCCAAUCAACCUUCUCAAUGAUACCAUCACGCAGUAACAAUCAGACAGAGGUUGACAAUGAGAUGAAUUCAACACUGUCAUCAAGAAGUCGAGGGAAAAUGAAUUCAUCAUAUUUGAACAAUGGUAAUAAUAAUAAUAAUAAUAGUAAUAAUAAGAAUAAAUCGUCUGGUGAGUUACUCACCUCCAACAACAAUAGCAAUAUUAACAGUAGUACAAAUGAGAAUAAUUUCAAUUGGAAUUCUUUAACAACUUCUACAUCUAUUCAUAAAUCCAUCCCAGGAUUAUGUCCUUCAUCUUCUUCUCUACCUAAUUCGUCUACACUCAACAAAAAAUUGGAUGCUGAUCGAGAUAAUGUUGAUGCCGAUGAUUGUGAUGAAUGUUUAGACAGUAUGAUAACGACAGGUGAAAAUGAACACAUGAGAAAUUCAUCAUCUGAUGAUAUUGAAGACAAUCCAGUCAAACUCACUACUACUAGUAAUAAUAAUAAUAAUAGCACGUAUAAUCCAUCAGUUGAUUCAACUCAUAGUAAUAAUAAUAACAGCAACAGCAAUUUGUCGUGUUCUACACCAGAAUUACAGCCUAGUUCAAUACAUGUUAAUGGUGCUGUACAUAAUACACUAAGAAAAACUCGUUCAGAUAUGAAAGUGAUUCAUAGAUAUUUAAUUCAAGUGAAACAUGAUACACGUGAAAUACAUCAAAUACCUAGUCAUGAAUUAGACAGAUACAUACAAGAUUUUGUACUCACUGCAAAAAAGAAAGAUGGACAUGAAUAUGAACCAGAAUCAUUGAAGGCUUUCGUUCAUUCCUUAGAACGUCAUCUUAAGCAUCAUGAUUAUUCACAUUCAGUUCUAAAAGGCAAUGCAUUUGCUGGAACACGAGCUGUGCUUAAUCAACGUUUAAAUGAAUUACGUGCACUUAGUCGUUCUGGUGUUCCAACGAAUGGAUCAGGUGAUGAUAUAACUAUGAAUGGUAGACCAACAAGUUAUUCUAGAAAAAAUAAUUCAAAUACAAAUGGAUUUACUUCGGCUGAUCUUCUACAAGCAGGUGUUCUUGGCACUGAAAAUCCUCAAGCAAUACUGAAUAGUUUGUGGCUUAUGAACCGAACACAAUUCAAUAUUGGUGGUACACAAAGACAUCGUAAUCUUGUUUGGGGACAAUUCCAGUUGGUGACAGAUGAGAAUGGAAUUAAAGUGAUUAAAUUCACACCUCUGUUUGAAUCAUCUGAAGUACGUUAUUGUCGAGGAUAUGGAGGUACACGUGGUGGAGCAGCUAAUCAUGAUCCUAUGGCUAAAGCUCAACCUCUUAGUUGCACAGGCAGUGCAAAACGUCAACCCCUUCCAUUCAACUGUGUUGAAUUAUUUGAAAUCUAUGCAAAUUUACGACCGCUAGAGGCUCGUGGUGUCUCUGAACCGUUUUAUUUAUGCCCAGAUCCAAGUUGGGAGAAUGGCUGUAGUUGGUUUAAAACAAAUGCAGCUGGAUCACAGCUUUUAUCUCGAAUACCACGCCUGCUUGGACUGAAACCAUCAAAAGAACCAAUUCAGACGUCUGCAUUGAAUUCUAACUCUAUUAAUCAAACGCAUACAUCAAAUUCGCUGAUAAGUCAGCCUAAAGAUUCUGAAAACUCCACAGUAGAAACUUCUAGUCAAAUUAUGUCGAAUCCACCUGGUUAUCGAGAUAAUCAUGCAGCACAAACACCAUACAAUUAUUUUAAUAAUUCCAGUCGUUCAAAUUGCAGUGCAGAUUUUAUCCCACCGAAUUUACUCAACUUCUUCCCUUUCCUCUUCCCACCAACUCCAUCAGCAACAACGGCAACACCAAAUGACAGUUCGACAUCACUGGCAACCGGCGGUAGUCUACCAGUAUAUAAGUCAUUAUUUAAUCCAUCUAUUGCAUUUCCAGAUGUUAUGCAAAGUGUAAAUUCAAGUUUAUUUCAACAGUCCUUGAAACAUAAACUUAUGGACGCUAACGCCCAAAAUAAUUCCAACUUAAUGUUGACAAAAGAGAAUAACAGUAAUAGUAGUUUUCCACAUUCACUACAACAGUUUGAACAUGAACCCUUUUAUAAAACAAAUUUAAUACCAUGCAAGGCUCCCCUGAUGGACCCUGAAGAAGAAGAAGCUCGUGGCAAUGAGGAGGAAACAUCAGUAGCCAUAGAAAAAGAGGAGGGAGAAACCAAUGAAAAUGUUGAAAAGUUGAGUUCACAUGCUUGUUUCUCUCCAGCGUCCGCUGAACCAGAUAUUGAAGAUUUGUGUACAUUAGGUAAUUCGCCUAAAAUGUCUACAGCAGUUAGGGUGGAUUCAGUACAUUCACCGCUUAGUGAGCAUUAUGCAUCUGAUUCACAUAUUUCACAUCAUUCACCAAUGUCAUCAACAUCAUCAUCGCCUUCUUCAUCUUCUCCAUUAGCAGACAGUGAAUCAUUCAGUCAUAAAAGACGAAGCCACCAUCAUCACAAUGACCGACGAAAGGAACAUUCAAAUACAGGAGAAGUUGCAGCCACUUCCUCACCAAUGAGAAUUGUGAAAAAUCAUCACCAAAAUCAUGAAAUAACCAAUGAGUUAAACUAUGCACCAUCGCAUUAUCGUUCUCCUUCAACGUCUUAUGAUAAAGAACAUCAAGAGUUAACACCAUCCAGACUGACAACAUCACCAUCAUCAAUGUCUUUGUCAAUAUCACCAGUGACAACAUCUGCUACCAUGGCAGAUUCAGCAAAAAGCCUUAAAUUAACCCUUUGUAAACUUGGAAGAACAAGUUAUGUCUGA